CAUGGCGUCCAACUUCAACGACAUAGUGAAGCAGGGAUACGUGCGGAUCCGCAGUAGGAAACUAGGGAUCUUCAGGAGAUGUUGGCUGGUGUUUAAGAAAGCAUCAAGUAAAGGACCAAGACGCUUAGAAAAAUUUCCAGAUGAAAAAGCUGCUUACUUCAGGAAUAUUCACAAGAUAACCGAGCUGCACAACAUCAAGAACAUUACCAGGAUGCCUCGGGAGACGAAGAAACAUGCGGUGGCAAUUAUCUUCUAUGAUGAGACGUCAAAGACGUUUGCCUGUGAGUCAGAGCUGGAGGCAGAGGAGUGGUGCAAGCUCCUCUGCAUGGAGUGCCUCGCCACCCGACUCAACGACAUCAGCCUAGGGGAGCCGGACCUGCUGGCGGCCGGCGUGCAGCAGGAGCAGAAUGAGCGGUUCAACGUGUACCUGAUGCCAACCCCGAACCUGGACAUUUAUGGGGAAUGCACCAUGCAGAUCACGCAUGAGAACAUCUAUCUGUGGGACAUCCACAACGCCAGGGUCAAGCUGGUCAUGUGGCCCCUGAACUCUCUGAGGAGGUACGGGCGGGACUCCACGUGGUUCACGUUCGAAUCCGGAAGGAUGUGCGACACCGGAGAGGGACUGUUCACCUUUCAGACACGGGAGGGAGAGAAGAUCUAUCAGAGGGUGCAUUCAGCCACCCUGUCCAUUGCGGAGCAGCACGAGAGGAUGAUGAUGGAAAUGGAGAAGAGCUCGCAGACGCACUCCGGUCCCAACGAGACGGCAUUAUCAAAGUCAAUAUCUUUGCCCCGCAGUGCUUACUGGCGUCACAUCAUGCGUCAAAACAGCGUCGGCGACAUCUACGGUUUGCAAGGGAUGACUAUGGCGCUCAUCCCCCGAGCGCAGACCUUCCCCAGCUUCCUGUCCGAGCAGAGCCCCGAUGAGCAUCAUCAGCAUCAUCAGCAGCAGCAUCAUCAGCAGCAGCAGCAUCAGCAGCAGCAGCAGCUGGACGUGGCCGCAGAGCAGGCGGUGUCUCCCUCUAGUGGCCACUGUCCGAACUGGAGCUCCAGCCCAGUGCAAUGACACAGUACUGACUGUCAUCUCAUCUCCUUUUACACCCCAAAGACUGGACAUUCCAGUCAUAUACUUCUAGAAAGAGUGUCUUUGCAUAUAGGACUCGCGGAACAAUGCACACACUUCGUAGGGGACUUCUCCCGGUAUUUGGUAUUUGGUUGACGAUACGACCCGCGGUCAGAGGUUACACCGAAACCGGAGCGUUUUCCUCCUGGUCCAACGGAAGGAUACGUUCUGACUGCUGUAAGAGCGCGUGAAGACGAAUGCAGCCAUUCACCGUAAAAAGAGCACUUAAAAACACACCUGAUGUACUGUUUUGUACACCGCAUAUCCACCGGUAAAUGUCACUCAUGUUUUUACCCAUGGUUGAUGAUAUGACAUCAGCUUGAUUAUAUUA